CUGUGCCCCUCGUCACCUCUCUGCCUGGCUCUGGCUCUGCUCCUCCCAGCAUGUCACACUCUUUUGGAGAGAGCUACCGGGUGGGCAGCACCUCGGGGGUUCAUGCCAUCACCGUGUUCUGCUCCUGGGACCACAAGGUGACUCAGAGACGGGCCUCCCGCCUCCAGCACGACAACAUCCGAACUCAUCUGAAGGAGCUGCUGGCCGAGGGGCAGCUGCGGCAGGGUCCCCGGAGCGUGUGCGGGCGGCUGAGGCAGGUGGCGGUGCUGGGCCUCGUGUGGCUGCUGUGCCUGGCGAUCACGCUGGGCUGCACCGUGGCCGUCUACGCCUUCUCCGAGCUCAUGAUCCAGAGCCCCGUGUCUGCUGAGCAGGGGGGGGCGCUGCUGGCCCUGCCGGUGGUGGUCUGCCUCCUCAACCUGGGGGCCCCCUACCUGUACCGCAGCCUGGCGGCCCUGGAGCGACACGACUCCCCAGUGCUGCAGGUGUACGUGGCCGUCUGCAGGAACCUCAUCCUCAAGAUGGUCAUCCUGGGGAUUCUUUGCUACCACUGGCUGGGCCGCAGGGUGGGCGUCCUGAGGGACCAGUGCUGGGAGAACUUUGUGGGCCAGGAGCUGUACCGGCUAAUGGUGCUGGAUUUCAUCUUUAUACUGCUGGACACGCUUUUCGGGGAGCUGGUGUGGAGGCUCAUCUCUGAGAGGAAGCUUAAGAGGAAGGAGAAGCCGGAGUUCGACAUUGCCGGGAACGUUCUGGAGCUGAUUUACGGGCAGACCCUGACCUGGCUGGGGGUCCUCUUUGCUCCCCUGCUCCCUGCCGUCCAGAUCAUCAAGCUGGUGUUUCUCUUCUACAUCAAGAAGACGAGCCUGAUGGCCAACUGCCAGGCGCCCCGCAGGCCCUGGCUGGCCUCCCACAUGAGCACCGUUUUCAUCUCGCUGCUCUGCUUCCCGUCCUUCCUGGGAGCCGCCGUCUUCCUCUGCUACGCCGUGUGGCAGGUGAAGCCCUCCAGCACCUGCGGCCCCUUCCGGACCCUGGACACCAUGUACGAAGCGGGCAAGGUGUGGGUGCGGCGCCUGGAGAAGGCGGGCCCUAGGGUCUCCUGGCUGCCCUGGGUCCACCGGUACCUGGUGGAAAACACCUUCCCGGUCUACCUGGUGUCGGCCCUGCUGCUGGCUGUGAUCUACCUCAACAUCCAGGUGGUGAAGGGCCAACGGAAGGUCAUCUGCCUCCUCCGGGAGCAGAUCAGCAAUGAGGGGGAAGACAAAAUCUUCUUGAUCAACAAGCUUCACUCUGUCUACGAGAAGAAGGAGAGGAGCAGGGGUGGUAGAACCCAGGAGGCCAAGAGGCUCGAGGAGGAUCCGGACGCCCGCUAGGACAGCCCUGCAUCCGCUCACAAGUACCGCCCGUGCCCGUCACCCUCCGUUUCCACGGCCCCGCAGGCAGAGACGCCAACCUGAGACGGUGCACGCACUGGACAACCUCACUGGGCCACGGGGAGGGUGGCUGCAGCCCAUCGAGGCUGGAGCUGGAGGGUGGGCGAGUGGGGCUGGAGCCCCCCCCCCCCUCCCCCAGUGGACUAGAUCCUGCUCGGGACUCUAUUUAUUCUGGUAAAAAUAUUUUGCAGAGUGGGCCUCUCUUGGGAGUCUGUGCUCAGAGCCGAGCCAGCCGGGCGCCCAAGCAUCACUGUGCUGUGUCCCCUCCCCUUGCCUGCGGAUGACGUCCAUGCAGAGGGCGUGGGAACCUAGGGCCCCUUUAUUUCCUCUUUCUGGCUGGAGGCUUCUCUUCCCUCCCUCCGCAGGGGUGAGAGGGUCUGGCGCUAAGCACAGGGCGCCCUCUGCUGGCAGAGCCUCAGAUGGCAGGUGGGCCAACCCACAGCUUGACAGGUGCCCCUGGCCAGACUGUGCCAGGUGGCUGGCACCUGUGCGGGCAGCCAGGCAGGCAAGGAGCAAGUGUGGGGGGUGUCCAGGGUUACAGAGCUCUCAGCGGUGGUAUCCCGCGGUUACAGGGCUGGGGGUGUGGAGAGCACAGUUAGGGAGGCUGGGGGACGGCGUCCCAGUUAGCAGUGGGCCACGGGGACAGGAGCCUGCCAGGCAGAGGGGCAGCCAGCACGCAGGCCGGGACGGCCUGGCGAUCCUGUGGGGAUGCCAUGAACCCGAGAGUAAGGGAAGGCGGGGAGAGGCCGUCACAGGCCCCCCGUGUCCCAGGUCUGUGGCAGCCGGGGAGAUGGCCCCACGACUCCUCAUCCCACAGGGGAAUCCAGAAGAGCACAGCUCGGGCCUGGGCGAGGCAGUGGGGAGCGCCAAUCAAACCCACGGCGGAGACACCACCACCAGCAGUGCCCCCAGCCGGGCCCACGCCCACCUGAACCGUCCCCUCUCCGAGGACGGUCUCACGGGGGGUGGGGGCGCGUAUGACUGUUCGCAGAUGUGCAGGGACAGGUCCAUCCACUGAUGUGGCCCCGGAGGCUCACCUGGCACUCUCUGUAGGUGGGGGGCGGUGCCCUCGAUGCCCCCGACAGCUCGAUUCCUGGCUUGCCGUGGCCAGUCCCAACAUGGGUCUUAGGGAUCCCUGCAGAUGGCUGGUGCUCAUCCUGGGCAGGAGCACGUCGGGGUGAAGUUGGACGGGCGUCCAGAUGGAGGCAGGCUGGCCAAGGACUCUGCGACACGCCCUUCCUGACACCUGCCUCUAAACGGGCACAGACAGACCACUCCCAGUUUGAGCUGCCUCGUGGCCCCUGUGAGGUCAGGCCAAGCUGCUCUGACAAGUCAAAGGCCUGCCCAGGUUUCUGUAGAACUACCUCGUGUGACGGCUGUGUGUGUCCCUCACUCACUCGAGCACUUACUCGGGCGCUGCCGUUAGGGCGUUUCGCGGGUGUGUUUAGCACGUACAGCCAGCCGACUUUAGGGAGAUUAUCCCCAAUAAUGUGUGUGGGCCUUACCCAAUCAGUUGAAAGACCUUACGAGCAAAACACAGGUUUUCUGAAGAAAUUCUGCCCCAGGACCGCAGCGCUGACUCCUGCCGGCCCGGCUCCCACGUGAGCCCACUCUCCUCCUGGACACCCGCCUCCCAUCGUGCUGUUUCUGACAGCGUGCGGCCUCAAGAUCCUCGGGUCAGCGCAUCUCACCACGUUCCUCCCGCGCCGGAGCCCCCGGGGGAUCGGGCCUGCGCAAGGGCUGGGGUGUCGGACGGGCCCGGAUCCUGACCCUUCUGAGCUGAUAGCCUCGCGCCUGCUCUGUGACCUUGCCCAGCCGGGUUCCUCACCUCGUGGGGCUGCUGGAGCAAAUGACAGGUCCUGUACGGUGCUUAGCACCACGCUUGGCACGGGGAUUUUGC